UUUUAGAGAAGACUGGUUGAUUACGUACAGAGUCUUCAAUUUUGCCCCUGGUCGCACCGACAUUUAACUCGGAAUUGCUUUGCGGUAUGGAACAUUUGAGCUAACAUCAAUGAGAUCUCCUCUUUUGUUGAACGAUAUAUCGUGCCCUUUUGCUAUGAUCAAUCGCAUUUGACUCAGAUCGCUUUCUUCAGCCAUAAAUUUUCUUACUCACAAACUUCCAAAAACUGUUGAAUAUCAGGCUUUGUACCUCAUAAUCUAUUACUGCAUAACGCGCCAUAGCUCAUAAAUGUCCGAUUUUCGGCCCAGUCGCCUCAAUACCCUGAAUUCAUCGGCGACCAUCCGGGUGGACAACGUUCUACCCAGUGUGUCAGUUCACGAUCUGUCAGACUAUUUCUCCGUCGCUGGAGAAGUGGUCGACGUCCAACCCUUGUCGUCGUUCCGGAGUGAUUCCCACCAGUACAAGAUCAGAUUUGCUGAACCAAGGAUGGCGCAAUGUGCUCUUCAUACCCUCGAUGGAACUUCCCUACAUGGUUGCAAGAUUAAAACGAUGGCGAUUCAAGACGAAGACACAGACACAUCACAUUGCUCUCAUCGCGCGGGGUCCCCUUCAAGUUUAGACCAACUCUCUCUUCCCGAUACAACUGCCCUCCAGCGUAAGACUAUCAGCACAGGACAUGAACAAAUGCCUUUGCAUUACCCAAAACAAGGAGACUUCGUUCCGAACCAAGCCAAGUUUCAACGCUCUUCCAAUCAUACACAACGUUCCGUCGCCCUUGACGCCAGAAAUUGCAAUUUAUAUAUUUUGAACCUCAGUCUCGAUAUAAACAAUGAGACCCUCAAAAGCAUUGUGCGAGAUUUUGGUGAGAUUAGACACGUAUGUGUUCUCGCAACCUUGGACAAUGCAGGCCGACGGAGAGCAUUUGUAGAUAUGGCGACACCCGAAGAAGCGCAUGCUGUGAUGCGAGGGCUUCAUGGUAAACGUGUACACGGGUAUGAGCUCCAUAUAAGCUAUGCAUUUGUCCAACGUAGCGGUGGCCCAAGUAUGAACUUCAAUCCCGGCCCUUCUGCAUCAGCGAUAGAACAAGCUCGUAAGUUUGCUUUCCAUGGGAAACAUCCAAACUUGUCACCUCGAUUUGCACCAGAAAGCACAGGCGGAUUUGGCCCAAUUACGCGCGGCGGGCCACCUUCAUCGCAAGGAUCAAAUCCUGCUCAAACUGGUGGCGGACUUGAUGGAGAAUCCUAUUCAGCAUGUUCAAGGAACAGAGAAAAUUCAGCGAUCCCAUUUCCAUCACCAACUGAAUCUUCCUACAGUGGCUCUAGCGGUCCAGCGGCGGAAAUCACAAAUGGGUCGUUCAUUCCGUCAAAUCACACCACACCCUCCUUCGGCUCAGAGAUAUUUGUCUACAACAUCUCACCCGUAGCUUGCAUUGAUACAGAUGACCUCUUGAAAUGGCACAAUGAUCAAACACGAAAGAGUCAUCACCUUACAACCACCUACCAUAUCGCAACACUUUAACCCUUAUCCUAAUUUUACACCUCCAUCAAGUUUUAUGACCAAUUUUUCAAAUCCCGUCAAUUACCCGGGAUUCUUCUCUCAUUCACAAGUACAAGAUCCAGUCGGUUCAGCGAAUCGAGCAUCUCAUCAAUUACAGUACCCUCAUAUCAACUCUGAUAAUGGGUACUCUCAAGCCUCACACCAAACUUCAUUCUAUUAAUCUUCAUCGUCAUACGCGGACUUCGCACGGAUUUUUACGCUUAGCAUAGUUUCCUUUAUGCACCCUAGCACUCUCUAUGCUUGGAAUUUUUUUCAUUACAUCUUCUUGCACUCGAAAUUUCCUGUGUAAACUGUUUCCUUCUUCAACUUAGGAUGAUUUUCUCCUCGUCUUAUCUUCAUAUAUGCUCAUGUUUUCUCUCAACUAUCACGCGUAUCUUACUACUUUCCUUACUCUCCUUGAAAUCUUCUCUUAAAUGCUCACUGCCUUCAAACUUACCAAAAUCAUGAAGGUCUUUUAGUUCAUAUGGUUUUCAUUCCACCUUUAAUACUUUCAUACUGUUGCUAUCAGUUAUAAAUAGAUUUUUACUCAUGAUUUUUUGCUUUCUUAGUGUUGUUGGAACAUGUGUAAUUUCACUUUUAUCAUUUUUUUUAGUACACCACCUUUGUACCUUUGGAAUCUGGAAUGUAUCUUCAAUAUGGAUCAUACCUACAACUCGUUCUUCACACUCAGAUGGAAAGCUCCCUGUGGUUUGAAUGUGAAUAAUGAAGUAUACACCAG